AUGGAAAGCCGUGGCAACACAUCGGACAUUCCGUACCAUUUCUUACAUUUGGCCAUGAUGAACAAUAGUGUUUUUUGUCGGAACUUCAGCGAUAACGUGAGUAUAGAGGCCAAAUGUGAGAGAACAGACAACCUAGCCAAAGACUCGACACCAGUGAUCAUCGCGAUUAUAAUCACGACUCUUUACUCUAUCGUGUGUGUGCUUGGUCUGGUGGGGAACGUGCUCGUCAUGUAUGUCAUUAUCAGAUACACUAAAAUGAAAACCGCCACAAAUAUCUACAUCUUCAACCUGGCCUUGGCUGAUGCACUAGCCACCAGUACACUGCCCUUCCAGAGUGUCAACUUCCUGAUGGGGACUUGGCCGUUUGGAGACGUUCUGUGCAAGAUAGUGAUAUCAAUCGACUACUACAACAUGUUCACCAGUAUCUUCACAUUGACCACCAUGAGUAUUGACCGUUACAUUGCAGUGUGCCACCCUGUCAAGGCCUUAGACUUCCGCACGCCCCGUAACGCAAAGAUUGUCAACGUGUGCAACUGGAUCCUGUCCUCUGCCAUCGGUCUGCCUGUCAUGUUCACCGCCUUAACUACUGUAACUGAUAAUGGCAAGUAUGACAGAAUCAUCGACUGCACUUUGAUCUUCCCACACCCAUCCUGGUACUGGGAGAAUCUCCUGAAAAUCUGCGUCUUCAUCUUUGCCUUCAUCAUCCCGGUCCUCAUCAUCACCGUGUGCUACGGGCUAAUGAUCUUGCGCCUGAAGAGCGUGCGCAUGUUGUCCGGCUCCAAGGAGAAGGACCGCAACCUGCGGCGCAUCACCCGCAUGGUCCUGGUGGUGGUGGCCGUCUUCAUCAUCUGCUGGACGCCCAUCCACAUCUACGUCAUCAUCAAAGCGCUGAUCAACAUCCCCAACUCCCUGCUGCAGUCCGUCACCUGGCACUUCUGCAUCGCUCUGGGCUACACCAACAGCUGCCUGAAUCCCGUCCUCUACGCCUUCCUGGACGAGAACUUCAAGCGCUGCUUCCGCGAAUUUUGCAUCCCCUUGAGUCCCUCUGUGCUGGAGCUGCAGAAUUCUUCUCGUACCCGCCCCCACCAGCAGCACCAGCGCGAUCAGCACUCCAGCGCCAACAGGGUGGAGAGGUCCAAUCAACAGGUAUGACUAGGUAUGGAGAUGUCUUUGGACUCACGCUACCAGCCAAACGAUGACAUGAGCUCGGAAGUCACCCAGGUAACCACAGUGCUCUGACACAUGAUGCGCCAAGAUACUGAAGUGCAACGUAGCACAAGCAUCGAUCGUACUGUCGCCUCUUUCUGGAGAGGCUGACGAGUAUUUGAAUGAAGAAUGACACUCCGCAUAAGGCUUUCUGUCAGGUAGCAUUAUUAAAAUGUUGAACUUUAGGCAGAACACUGAAAUGAACAAACAUCAACUAUUAUGUACACAGUAUCUUUGUAGACAGGUAUAUUGAACAUACUGUAAUAGGAUCAUGUUCUGUGGUCAACAACAUUCACAAUUAGAAACUCUUGAUUGAGAGCACGUAUUUCAAGACACUAAUUCAAGAAGAUUGUUAUUUAAGGGUCAAGCGGCGAUUCAAAAAAACAAAGCGGCCACCCCACCACUUGUUUUGGUAAACAGCUGAGAGAUGGGGCUUGAGGAAUGUAACCACUGUCAAAUUGAU